AUGUCCUCCCAGUCGCGUCCUGCAUCAGAAGACCAGUUGUCCAAGGCUCUCCCUAGCCUGACGACGUAUCUAACAGGCCACAAUCCCUCAACAGGAAGUACCACGAUCCAAGAAAAACGGCCAGCAAAAUGGCAGCCAGUCGACAAUAAUAACAUGGCUUUCAACGUCCCUUUCACUACAUCAGAAUUCCCCGUGUCCAUGAACAACAACGUGGACAUUGUCAAGCACGACGAAAGAUUGCAAUCCGGGAAAUUGGGGAUUGUCAACCCAGGCGGCACAGUGCUGCGCUUUGUAGACUUUGCACCCGGGUUUGAAUCUGCGAUGCAUCGGACCAGGAGUCUUGAUUAUGGGAUUGUGGUUGAAGGGGCGAUCGAGCUGAUUCUUGAUUCUGGCGAGAAGCAGGUCCUGCACCGAGGCGAUGUGUGUGUGCAGCGGGGCACAAACCAUGCGUGGAGAAACCCGAGCGAGACGGAGUGGACACGGGUGGUCUAUAUUCUACAGGACUCGCAACCGGUGGUGGAUGUGGGAGGAAAACCUCUGAGAGAGUACUUGGGCCGAAGCGCAGGGGAGAUUCCGGCCAGUGGGAAUGAUUAG